GAUAGUUCAUGGUGUUUUAUCAUUUAUUAUGCUUCGGUCAAAUAAACGGUGCAGAAGAAUGCUGGAAUUAUCGUUUCAGCAAAAUGAAAACAGUGAAAGUGAAAAUUCUGAUGCGGACAAAUCGAGAUGGAGAAAAGUGUUUAUCAAAAAUAAUAUAAAAAAUAAUGACUCGCAGCAAAAUCGAUCCGAAAUAAACAUCGUCAAUCCUGGGCCAAGUAAGGAACCGGAAACUGUCCCAGAGCUACAGCGGAACUACGUGAGUAGAGGAACAGCGAGCACAAUUACAAUUACCGCUCCUAAAAAACGCAAGUAUAAUGUGCCAGAGCCUGACACCAGCCGACUUUCUCCUAUUCAUUUGAAACCGUUAUUUCAAACCGAUCUAGAAAAUACCCCUAGAGCCCGGAAAGUACAACUGUUGAACGAAGGUGACAAAGAGUCGAUUUACGUGAGCCCUAGUACUGGUAAAACCUUACAAGUUUUAAAAAAUGCUGAAACGUUACCAAGAAACAACCCACAAACUCAAUCCAUUUUCCGUUCGCCGGCAGUCUAUGACACUAAAAACGCGUCGACGUUGACAAGCAGGUGUAGUUCCGUAAGCGAUAUAUCGUGUGCAAAAUCUCUUCCGUGCCCGUUAAACAAAGAUGCAAUUGAUGAAUUAUUAGCUGGACCAUCUUUUGAAGACCAACAAAACGAAUCGUUUUUGGAAACCAGCUCUAAUAACAUGAAUGCAGCCUCUCCAGCCCAAUCCCCAAAUCUUCGCAAGACCGUUCGUAGUCCGUUAAAUAAUGAUGCAAUUGAUAAUAUAGCAGCAGGACCAUCUUUUGAAAACUAUCAAAACGAAUCGUUUUUGGAGACCAGUUCUAAUAAUGUGAAUGUAGCCUCUCCAGCCUAUUCCACAAAUUUUGAUAAGACUGCUCGUAAGAUAGGGGAAUCGGUUGACAUAGAACCUACCAAUGAAGACCACUCGGACACGGAUGAAGAUUUUAACCCAAAUCUAAUCAGUUCUCAAUCAGAUACCAGUAGCACUUCUUCCGGAAGCGAUUUCUCGGUUAGUGAAGAUGAUUCCGAAAAUGUCGAAGAAAUGCAACCCAACGUAAUUCCUCCAGUAGCAAAUUCUAUGGGCGAAGAUGAGUGGCAAGAUAUUGAUGAUACGAUUCCUAAUUUCGAAGAAUUCACUGAAAAUUGUAAGAUAAACAUUCCCGAUGAUGCAGUCACCCCUGAAGAUUAUUACAAUUUAUUUGUUACAAAGGAUAUUAUUGCUAAGAUGGUCGUAGAAACAAAUAAUUAUGCCCAAAAAUUCAUAGCAGGUAAUCAAGUUAAGCCCAAAUCACGAGUUCGAGCUUGGAUUCCUACAGAUCAAGAGGAAAUGAAAAAGUUUUUGGGCGUGAUUAUGGUGAUGGGUUUAGUAAAACUACCACACAUAAAUGAUUACUGGUCGAGAAAGAGUAUUUAUAGAAAUCAGUAUGUGGUUUCAGCUAUGAAGAGAGACCGAUUUCUGCUAAUUUUGAAAUUUUGGCACUUUAGUCAAGAGGACCCUGAUGAUAGAAAUAAACUUGCUAAAAUUAAAGAUGUGUUUUCUAUGCUGCUUCAGAGAUUUCACACGGUCUUAAUACCCGGAAAGUAUUUAGUAAUCGAUGAAUCGAUGAUACCAUGGCGGGGACGAUUAAAAUUUCGACAGUAUUUAAAAGGUAAGUCCCAUAAAUACGGGGUGAAGCUGUACAAAUUAUGUACGCCGGAUGGGUAUACUUUCAACGUGAAUGUUUAUACUGGUAAAGGUGAUAAUGGCAGAGAGUUAAAUCACGGAAAAGAGACUGUUUUAAGAUUAAUAAGGGGCCUUGAAAAUGAAGGAAGAACCGUAGUGACUGAUAAUUUCUACAAUUCAAUAGAUCUUGCAGAGGAGCUUAUACGCAAAAAAACAUUCCUUUGUGGUACUUUGCGUCCAAAUCGGAAAGGUCUCCCAAAACGCAUAGUAGCAUCAAAACUAAAAAAAGGCCAAAUAACUGGUGCAAUGAAUGAGAAUGGGGUUCGAAUUAUAAAAUGGGUGGAUAAGAGACCAGUUAAUAUGAUUUCUACAUGUCGGGAUCAUGAUUUGAUGAUAAAGGACACCGGUAAGAUAAGACGUACUACCGGAGAAGCAAUUAAAAAACCACAGUGCAUCAUGACCUACAAUGAAAAUAAAAAGGGUAUAGACUUUAGUGACCAGAUGUCAUCGUACUACACAACCCUAAAGAGAGGAAUCAAGUGGUUUCGUAAAGUCAUGCUUGAAUUGCUAUUUGGGACAGCUUUGGUCAAUAGCUGGGUGGUUUACAAUAUUCGGCAGCCAGUUCCAAUUUCAAAGAAAGAUUUCAUCGAAGCGAUCAUAGCAGCAUAUACCAAAACGCCAAUCACGGAUACUAACUCAGAUGGUCAAAAUGAGGUAGUCUUAAAGAAAAAACACAACUUCGAAAAGAAAGGUGAGAAGAGGAGAAUUUGUGCCGGCUGCUACCAAAAGCUGCGUGGUACACUCAACAGCCGAGAAGCAAAUAGAAAAGUAAAGAAAAUAAAAUCUUUCUGCGUAGAAUGUAAGAAAGGAUACUGCUUGUCAUGUUUCUAUAAAACUCACAUGUAAUUAAUUAAUUUUUCACAUAUAAUGUGAAAAAUAAUACUGGCUGUCUAUUUUUUUUUGAUUCUUUAAUAAAUGAUAUAAAAAGGA